AUGGACUUAACGUGCAUGAUGGAGACAACCUGUGAGGGCGGGCUCGUGGAGCCUGGAGGAUCCUGUGAGGUCUACUGCCGGUCGCCCUAUGUCGGGGGCACUGAGAAUGCUACGUGUCCAUCUGGCAACACCGACGCUGGGGUAACAGCUACACUUGACCUGCCGAUGUGCACACUGCAAUGCGAAGUCCCUUCGGAGAUACCGCCUGGGUACCAGCUAACGGAGUAUGGAUGGCGCUGCGCCGAUGGCUACACAGGUGGUGUCCUUGCUCGUUGUGUUCUGGACCAGGAGACGUGCAGGUCAUCGUUGCUUCUGGAAGGCUGCCUUCGCUUGCAGCCAUGUAAACCUCCCCCGAAUCCGGAUGAGUGUCGUCACGACUUGUUUGGGUGCGAUCGAGUCCAGCCGGGCAGCUUCUGCCGCCUCCGGUGCAGGCCGCCAUUCACUGGUGGAUCGCCGAAGAUGAUCUGCCCUGCUGGGAACACGAAUCCGGACUAUGUCAUGAAAUGGGCAGAGCCCUACUGCUUUUGCCCAGCACCCGAAGAGGUGCCUGCCGCGUACGUUGCCGACGGGCAAGGCGGAUUCGACUGUGCUCCAGGAUACGUGGGCCUGCCAGCUCUGUUUUGUGGAGGGGCGCCGCAGUGCCAGUUGCAACCAGCUCUGACAGGCUGCGUGUCCCCGGAUGUCUGCCAUGUGGAACCCUUCACGGAUGAGGAUGACAGACCUGGCCUCGUUCGCGGGGUGGUUUCGUUUGGGCCAGCUGAAGUCCAGGGUGUGAUUGCGGAGCUCCAUGUCGAAAGCUACGACAUCUUGCUCGCUGACGACUGUGGCCAGGCGCUGCCGCUGCCGCCCCUGGCCAUAGUGCAGCGCCGGCCGCUGGCUGCCUCCGGCGGCUGUUGCGAGACGCGAUCCUACCAGGUCACCGUCGAAGCAGACCUGACAGAUCUCCCCCAUCGGGCAGCCACGGUGCUCGUCGCCGUCUCUGGACUGUUGCACGGCAAGGUCAUCAACAUCACCGACGUUGAUACAGGACAGGCGAGCACCACAAGGAAGGUAACGGUGACGGGCGCUGCUCAUGCGGCCACCGCGGGGAGCGUGUGGCUGCUCUUUACAGCGGUGCUGUGCCUCUGGCGCACAUAA